AUGUCCAAUUCUCAACAACAAUUCAUAACGGAUGAAUUGUCCCAAUUGCAAAGAGAAAUAAUCUCUAAAAACCCACAAGAUAUUUUACAGUUCUGUGCUAAUUAUUUCAAUACUAAAUUACAAGCUCAAAGAAGUGAAUUAUGGUCUCAGCAAUCCAGAGCCCAAGCUGCUGGAAUCAAUUUGUUUCCUUCCAUUGAUAAUAUCAAUAUCAACGCAAGUGGUGUUAGUGUUAGAAAUGAUAGACAACCAAGUUUCAAAUCUCCCUUUGGUUUAAAUGAUCCCCACUCGAAUCAUGAUGAUGACCCACAUACUAAGAACGAUACUAAUUCUGAUGCCGCUGGAGGUAUCUUUAAAUCCAAUUUUGAUGUGAACAAACAGUCAUCAACUGUUCCAUUAAAAGAGGUUGAUCCAGAUGAUCCAUCUAAACCACAAGCAUCUGCAGCCAUUAAAUCUCCAAACCAACCACCACUGCAAUUCCCACCACAGAAGAUCCCAGUUGCAUUUAAUGCCAAUAGAAGAACCUCUGUUUCCGCUGAAGCUUUAAAUCCAGCAAAGUUAAAGUCCGAAAGUUGGAAACCUCCUGUUAAUAACUUGUCUACAACUGAAGAAGAAACAUUAGCUGAAAACUUGAAGAACAAUUUCCUUUUCAAGCAAUUAGAUGCUAAUUCUAAAAAAACUGUUAUUGCAGCUUUACAACAAAAAUCAUUCGCAAAGGAUACCGUUAUUAUUAAACAAGGAGAUGAAGGUGAUUUCUUUUACAUUAUUGAAACUGGUACUGUUGAUUUCUAUGUCAACGAUGCCAAAGUUAACUCCAGUAGUGAAGGUUCAUCCUUUGGUGAAUUGGCUUUAAUGUACAAUUCGCCAAGAGCCGCUACUGCUAUUGCCGCUACUGAUGUUGUCUGUUGGGCUUUGGACCGUUUGACUUUCCGUCGUAUCCUUUUGGAAGGUACUUUCAACAAGAGAUUGAUGUAUGAAGAUUUCUUGAAAGACAUUGAAGUGUUGAAGUCACUUUCUGAUCAUGCACGUUCCAAAUUAGCUGAUGCAUUGAGUACAGAGAUGUACCAUAAAGGUGAUAAGAUUGUCACUGAAGGUGAACAAGGGGAGAAUUUCUAUUUGAUUGAAAGUGGUAAUUGUCAAGUCUAUAAUGAGAAAUUGGGUAAUAUCAAGAAAUUAUCAAAGGGUGAUUACUUUGGUGAAGUUGCAUUAUUAAAAGAUUUACCAAGACAAGCUACAGUGGAGGCAUUAGAUAACGUUAUUGUUGCAACUUUGGGCAAAUCUGGGUUCCAAAGAUUGUUGGGUCCAGCUGUGGAAGUCUUGAAAGAACAGGAUCCUACAAAGACUCAAGACCCAACUGCUGGAAACUAA